CUGAUAUAUAAGCAGACAUCGCUCUCGUUGAUUGGCUCUCCCAACACAGUUUUCUUGUGGAAGAAAGAGUGGACUUAUAAUGUCAAAUGUUCAUAAUCAAAAUGGUCAAGGUCUAGAGCAGCAGUUUGCUGGUUUAGACUUGGGGUCUGGUGGCAGACCAUACAACGGUAAAGAUGGACGAAAUUAUCGGCCAAACAACGCAAACCCCAGAUUUCAGGAACAAAUGUUCUUCAUGACAGGACAGGGUAACCAAGGAACAAGAUAUGUGCCGCCUCAUAUGAGAAAUGCAGGAGGACCUGCCCCUCCCCCAAUGGGGAUUGUGCCCAACUUCCCCCCACCCCCAUUGCCCGAGAACAGAGGGGGUAGAGAUGGAGGAUUUAGCCGAGGAGGAUACAACCAGGGACGUGGAGGCUACAUGAAUGGAGGGCCUCCUCAAAGCUUCAGUCAGCCCAACAUGAGUGACCGUGGAGGUUACAAUAGCUACAAUCGUGGUGGUUACAACCAGGGAGGGGGUAAUCGUGGUGGAUACAAUUACCAGAACCGCCGUGGCGGCGGCGGCGGCUACCAGAAUAAUGCUCCAGGAAGAUAUGGCGGUGGUGGCGGCGGUGAUCGCUACAACAACUUUGGUGAUGGGGACCGCUACCAGAGACAAGGCAGUGCCCCACCCAAUGCUGGGGGUCGCUGGGAUAACCUGGACGAGGACCGCAGUUUCAGCGCUCGCCGUGGCGGUGGACAGCAAGAUGGCGGUGACUGGGGCAACAACAACCGCUGGGACAACCGCACUGACAACAACGCCGGGGGCAAGUACCCACAGGAAACCACCAAGGAGAAUUGGACCGUCCCACUGCCAGCCAAUCAAAGGCUGGAGGAAGAGCUAUUUGGCAGUGGAAACACUGGUAUCAAUUCUGACAAAGAGCUAUUUGGCACUGGAAACACUGGUAUCAAUUUUGACAAGUAUGAAGAUAUUCCUGUAGAGGCAACAGGAGAGAACUGCCCUAAAAACAUUGAGACAUUUGAGGAUUGUAGCCUGGGAGAGAUCAUCAGAAACAACAUAACGCUGAGUCGCUACUCCAAGCCGACCCCCGUACAGAAGUACGCCAUCCCGAUCGUGCUGAAUAAGAGAGAUCUAAUGGCCUGUGCUCAGACAGGAUCUGGUAAGACUGCUGCUUUCCUGGUCCCUGUGUUGAACAGAGUGUAUGAAAAUGGACCUGAGGAAUCUGCUAAUGUAGCACAGUCCAGACAAUACGGGCGGAGGAAGCAGUACCCCCUGGCCCUUGUACUUGCCCCAACAAGAGAAUUGGCCUAUCAGAUCUACGAUGAAGCAAGAAAGUUUGCCUACCGGUCGCGAGUGAGACCCUGUGUGGUGUACGGUGGUGCCGACAUCGGUGCCCAGAUGCGGGACCUGGACCGUGGCUGUCAUCUUCUGGUGGCCACCCCUGGGCGUCUAGUCGACAUGCUUGAGAGGGGCAAGAUUGGACUGGAGCACUGCAAGUUCCUGUGUUUGGACGAGGCUGACAGAAUGUUGGACAUGGGAUUUGAGCCACAGAUCCGUCGCAUCGUGGAGAAAGACAACAUGCCUCCAAGUGGAGUGAGGCAGACUCUUAUGUUCAGUGCCACAUUCCCUAAGGAAAUUCAGAUGCUAGCUAGAGAUUUCCUGGACAACUACAUCUUCUUGGCAGUUGGUCGUGUGGGCAGCACAAGCGAGAACAUCACCCAGAAGGUUGUGUGGGUGGAGGAGAUGGAGAAGCGCUCUUUCUUGCUGGAUCUCCUGAAUGCCGCCGCGGGGCCCGACUCCCUCACCCUGGUAUUCGUGGAGACCAAGAAGGGCGCUGACUCGCUUGAGGAUUUUCUAAUCAGGGAGGGGUACCCCGCCACCAGUAUCCAUGGCGAUCGCUCUCAGAAGGAGCGAGAGGAGGCCCUCAGACUGUUCAGGAGUGGAGAUAGACCCAUCAUUGUAGCUACUGCUGUGGCUGCAAGAGGAUUGGAUAUUCAAAAUGUCCGACACGUAGUGAACUUUGAUCUGCCAAGUGACAUUGAGGAGUAUGUACAUAGAAUCGGUAGAACUGGACGUGUGGGAAACCUGGGUCUGGCCACAUCCUUCUUCAACGAGAAGAACAAAAACAUUGUGCGUGACCUAAUGGACCUACUGGUGGAGGCCCACCAAGAGGUGCCUUCCUGGCUCGAGUCCAUGGCCUAUGAGGCCCGCCCAGCAGGGGGAUCAAGAAGAGGUGGCGGAAGAAGAUUUGGAAAUUCUGGCUUUGGAUCCAGAGAUUAUCGUCAGCAGACCAAACCUAAGCAGCAGCAGCAGCAGCAACAGGGCGGGGCGGGAGGUGGCUACAACAGCAACUUCAACAACCCGAUGGCCAAUCAGUACGGCCAGUACAGCAACUACGGCGGCUCCUAUGGCGGGGCCUACUCUGGUGGUGGCAACAAUGCAGCUCCAGACUGGUGGGGCAACUGAGGGGAAGCCCAGCGGCAAGCAGCAACCACAUUUUGUUUAUCUUAACUGUUGUACAGUUUGCAGGCUGACAAUAUGGUAGAACCAGCCCCUGUAUGUUAAAACUUCUGGCUUCAGAAGGCAGCCUGGUUGCCUUCUUUCAGGUGAAUUCCUUAAAAAAAAACACUGCAGUGAAACGAGAGCUUGCGUGGUACAAGACGUGGAAAAGACAGACUUUGCGGAAGAGAACUGUGUUAGGAGAGCCCUCGUUUAACUAUGUAAUGGAUAAAGAUUAGUCAUUUUAAUAUUUAAGUAAUGUCGGCAGUUGAAAACGAGUACAUAUCAUGAAUUGCUGUGUCAUUUUCUGUUUUAAAGAUGGCAGAGAAAAUGAAGCUGCCAUUAUGAAACUGUAUACACUUGAACUGAGUAUGUUGAAGCAAAAUCAUAAGACUUUGGAUCCCAGUAUUUUUGUUGUUUCCAAUAUUUUUGGAACAGAAUAUAUUGUUGAAAUUUUAUGUAGGAAUAUCAGUGUACAUGUGUAUUUUCCUGUAUUUGACAAUGAGUUAUGGGAAAUGUUUGUACCUGCAUAAUGUUGACAUGACUUUUAGAAUAAUUAUGUUAAUAUUGUCAAUUCUUUGGGAAAAAUAGCAAUGACACACAGAAUGCUGACUGUGUACUCGUACAAUAAACCCAACACAACGCUCUAGUGGUGUGAAUAUAAAUGUACAUGCAUGUUAAACUUCGUAUCUAUUUUUUCAAUCUGUAUGGUGUAUCAGGACUGAUAAGAGUUUGCAUUAGAAGCUACGAAAAAGUGAUCAGAAAUGGAGUAUUAGUAAUAUUUGCUGGUUCUAUUGUGUAUUGCCAAGAAGCUAUUGUGUAAGAUUUUUUUCUGAAUAUUGUAGUAUUGUAGUUAAGAGUUUUAAAUUUUUUUUUUGCUAUGAUGCCGUCCUGUUUCCAAAUGUAGAAAUUCUGGGCAAGAUCUAAUUACUUUAUUUUGUUUGGUUCAAAUUUGGAAUCUAAUAUAAAGGUUCCCUGUAUAUUAUGAAUAAUUGUUAUUCAUUAUUUGGAAACUGGUGUGUAGAUCAAACUUAUUGCUUUUCUGUGAAUGAUGAGCAACUUGACAGACACGGCUGUGUCAUUGGUUCCGACUUGUUGGUCUGAAUCACUAACAAAAUCUAAUGCUGGGAGGAGGGAAAAUGGGUUUUUUAAUGUACAUGUAAUAAUAUCAAGUUUGUGAUGCUAGUCAGUUAAGAUCAAAUUUCUUGCCCCGCUUUCAAGAUUGUUAAGAUUCCAAUAACAUGACCCUAAAAGGGUGAUAGUGUAUAUUUAUGGACUUCAUAUUUUAUAGUGUGUGCUAAGUUUAAUCCAAUCUCUCCUACCAAAGACAUUGCAAUUGUUUUAAGGAUUUAAUUUUUGACACAUCUGAAAACACAAAUUGACUGUAUUCACUGAAAAUGAAAGAAUAUAUCAGAAAUUAAAAUUAACACUUUUUAAAAUGUCACUAGAUGUUUUAUACUUGAAACAAUUUUGUUCCAUUUUUUAUAUUUAGAAGGUUUUGAUCAUGGAUAAUAAGUUUCAGAGUUAUUGAAUAAUCGCAAUAGUUCAUGUACAUAAAGUUGCCAAUGCAUAUACAUUGUAUUGACAAAACAGAACAAUGUGAAAAUACUUGCCUUUAUAUUUUUGCAUGAAGCCAAUAUGUUUAUUGCGGGGGCAUUUUUAAAGCUUUCAUUGAUUUACUUCUCGGACUAGUGUCACAAAGCCUCAUUGUAUAUCCUUAUUUUAAUGAUUGAGCCACAUUGUCUUUCAUCAGGUCACCUACUCCGGGACAGAACAUGUCAUGUGCCAGUUUUUUGUUUAACUAUUUGUUGUGGAUGAUUUUUUCUUUUGAUUUUUUUGGUGAGGUAACUGUAAUACCCAGACACUCGAUCUUAUUCUUUCUAUGUGAUGACCUUGACCUUUGCUCUUGAUAGUCCCAGAACAAACAGGAAGCUGUCAGGCUUUGUUGUCGGUUUUUAUUUUUCCUGAAUGUUAAUGAUGGAAAUUAUUUGUUAUUAUGUGUAAAUUCACAUUUUUUUUUUCAAACUUUGUUCAAAAGGAACAAAAUUUUAAAGAAUAGUUUUUCGAUUGCUCUGGAUCCCUUGUUUUUCAAAUUCUGUUACAUGUUUUCUGUAUCGUUACAUGUAUUUAUAUAUUCUCAUGAUGAAAAUAACUAUGGCUCUCGAUAUUUUCUUGUUCAAAUGAAGGGGGCUUGCUUUUAUGUGUAAAGAGAUUUAUUUAGAAUGCAUGAGAGCGACCGUGAAGGUGCCCGGGUCAAUGUUUGGAGUGUAUUAUGUUACACUGUGAACAGUUUAGGAUCUUAUCGAGGAGCCGUGCCAGUUUUAUUUAAGGUGAGCACAUGGAUCACCGAUAUCAAAGCUAGUUCCUGUUCAGGAGGGGAUUUCUUCUCAUUGAACUGAGUUUUAAUGUGUAUGAUAAUUUACACAAUCAAUUUUUAUGCCCAGGGGAAAAAAGCUCCCUUUAAUAUGUAUUGAUUAUAUCCAUGUGUCUUUUUCAGUGUGCCAAAAACAAUUGUUUAACAGAAGAAAUGUAACGCAUAUUAACGUAGAGUUAGGGAUCCAGAGUUUUAUAUGGUAUAUACACCCACAAAUCUUUACUGUUCAAGACAUUCCAAACUGUGUUCAAGUUCCUGUGUAUAUCAUUGGGUCUCAUAUUUUUCACUCAGAUUAUCUCUGCCAUUGAUUUUGAUAGAACAUUCUAUUUCCCUGUCACAAGUUUUUUUUUUUUUUUUUUUGGUGUUUGUGUUUUGUGUUUUAUAUACAACUACACGUAAUAUAUUUCCAUUGAAUGUUCACACAGUAUUGAUAAGAAGCAGGCAGUAUUUGCGGGGCCUUUUUUAUUUUAUGACCCAGGGUUUUUCAUCCUCUGCCAUGAAGGUUUCCUCAUAAUCAUUUUUGUGCCCGCAUUAGAAAACAUCAAAGAUGUACAUGUAUUCUGACUUUAGAGAAACGUCUAUAUAUAAAAGACUUUUGGUGCUGCGUAUAUUGUUACUGAAUGACCUGGUGCUUCCAAACAGUAAAUGGAAGAAAUGAAAUUUGGUGCACAUUGCAUCCUCCUUGUCGCAUCAUUCAUGUUGCAAACUUAGCUCGUUGUCUGUGAUCAAAUUGUUUUAAAAAGAUAUGUGCAAUUCCUAUUAAUAUACAAGUAUAUUUCACAGAGGACGUUUAACAUUCACAUAUUGAAAUGGCAAUCUUUUUUUAUACUAUAUAUACAAAUUAAUUUAUUCCUAUUAUUAUUUUUUUUAUUUUUUACUUUAGAGAGUGGAGUGUGAAUGAUCAUGAAAAUAAGGAGUAAAUGCAUACUGUGUACAUGGUUUUGAUGAGUGUGGGGGAAUAUUGGCAGAGGGUGAAUUUUGUUAAAACGGACUUCAAAGAAGGCCUUGUAAAUGGUUUGCUUGACAGUAAAGAGUCUUUGACCUGUGUGACUGAUAUCUAGAGGGACAGGGUCCAAAUCAAACUCAUGUAAACGGAACUUUCCAUGGUUCAAACAGUCACGCUUGAUUUGUUCCUUGCGCAAAGUUUUUAAGUGAGCAAAUUAAGUUUUUGACAGCGAGUUGAUGAAUUACAUGUAAUCCAAUAUUGCUGGGUAUUGAUCUCACACUUUUUCAUUUUUUUUUGGAGAUGGGGAAAAGGGGAACAAAUAUUGUAAUGAAGGGAUUGUAUUGUGAACUGUUUGACCAUAGGAAAAUCUUGUUUCUCUUUUUUGUUCAUUGUGUAAUUAUAACGCUAUUCACAAGGUAUUUUGAGUGAAGAAAAUUGAUGACAGUACAUUGUAUACCCAUGUAUUUAAUUCUGUUUCAUCCAGCCAGGUGUUAUUUAUAGACCUUUUUCACAGCAAAUAAUCGCGUACAACUAAUUGGCAUGUCAUGUAUGUUGAUGUUAUAAACCCAACAGGAAGCGAGGGGGGGGGGGGAAGAUACUCCAAGAGAGAGUGCUUACAUAAUAGGACGGCAUAUUUUGUAUUAGUUACGGUAUAUUUCUCGUCUCUUUUUUCUUUUUUUGUGCUGUGCUGUAUAUUUUGGGGGGAUACAAACCUACAAUCCAGCAGCUCAGACUAUUGAAAACAAGUUGAAUGUGGUUGUUCAAAUAAAAUAUCUCAAUGUU